GAUUUGAUCUGGAGGAGAUGAGUAAGAAUUAGUUGCUUCAGUUCUUCUUUUAUUUCUCUCCCUCUUUAGAACAAUUUGCAAUCAGUGAAAAGAUGUCAUUGGAAGAAAGCAGGAGGCCUUUCAGGGGGUCACUGGGAACUGAAGAGGGCUCCACUCGUGUGAUCACUAUUGUCUUUAUCGCACUCCUGAUAGAUCUCUUGGGUUUCACCCUCAUCCUGCCGCUCCUUCCUUCAAUACUGGAUUAUUACAGCAAGAAUGAUGAUGGUUUCUACAUGACAUUGCAGAAUGGGGUGGACUGGUUCACUGAAGUGGUGGGUGUGCCUGUUGAAAGGAAGUACAACAGCGUCUUAUUUGGAGGUCUGAUUGGCUCCAUAUUUUGCUUCCUUCAGUUUCUUGCCUCUCCACUAACUGGUGCUGCAUCUGAUUACUUUGGAAGAAGACCAGUCAUGUUGUUGACUGUGGUUGGUCUGAUAGCAUCAUAUUCCUUGUGGGCCGUUUCCAGGAGCUUUCAGCUAUUUAUUUUCUCUAGAGUCAUUGGUGGAAUAAGCAAAGGUAAUGUCAGCCUUUCCACUGCCAUAAUUGCUGACUUGCCGUGUCCAAAAGUUCGAAGCAGAGGCAUGGCUAUGAUUGGUGUGGCUUUCUCCUUGGGUUUUACGCUUGGUCCUAUGCUUGGAGCAUACCUCGCCAUGGAGACAGAAAACGGAGAACUCUUCUAUGUCAGAUCUGCUACAUUUGCUGUCAUCUUUGCGAUUACUGACUUGGCUUUCAUCUUCAUCUUGUUGCCAGAGACGCUCCCAAAAGAAAAGCGGAUGUCCUCUGUGAUAUGUGGUUUUAAGUCAGCAGGUGGCCUGAUCAAUCCUUGGGCUUUAUUCCAGUUUUCUGCAGUAAGCCAAGGAAUGGAAACCCCUUCAAAAGAGAAUCUCAAGAUCCUAGGCCUGGUGUAUUUCCUGUAUCUCUUCCUGUUCUCUGGCCUGGAAUACACACUGAGUUUUCUUGUUCAUCAACACUUCCAGUUCAGCAGUAUGGAGCAAGGGAAGAUGUUUUUCUUCAUUGGAAUUACAAUGGCUGUGAUCCAGGGAGGUUACACUCGCCAAAUUAAGCCAGGAAAUGAACUAAAGAUUGUUAAAAGGGCAAUAAUGCUGUCAGCACCUGCUUUCCUUUUAAUUGGCUGGAGUGGUAAUGUGAUUGUCCUCAGCACAGGACUCGUGUUGUACUCUUUUGCGGCCGCUGUGGUUGUUCCUUGUUUGUCUGCAGUCGUGUCUGGCUAUGGAUUAGCAAGCCAAAAAGGAACAGUAAUGGGGAUCUUAAGAAGUCUGGGGGCCCUUGCAAGAACUGUUGGACCAAUCGUGUCAGCAACAGUAUACUGGCUGGCAGGAGCUGAAAUUUGUUUCAGUGUUUGUGCCUUUUUGUUCCUGCUCCCCUUCAUUCUGCUUCGAUACAUUCAAGAGCAAAUGAAAGAGAAAUAAGCAACUGUGACUACUAUUUUUCAAGAAACUCCAGAAAUAAUGCCAAAGUGGAUUUCCAAGUCACCAUUUUGUCGAACAUCAUACUGUUUUAUAACUUCAUAUUGGUUUGAUAUCCUAGAAAGCUAACUAGAGGAUCAGUUAUAAUGUCUUCCACAUUGUCCCCAUUAGGACUUUGUACUUAUGUAUGGUUUGGGCACUCAAAUAAGCUGUUUGAAAAAAGAAAGAUUUUUAUUCAAUGAAACAAAAGAAUGCCCACAAAUAUGUGAAAAUUAUAGUGCACAGUGUAUGUAUGUGUAUAUAGAGGUGGGGAGAGAGAGAGAGACAGAGAGAGAGAGACCCUGUUCAGGCAUUUGGCUUGAACAUGUGAGGGCUUAAAUUGCCUU